AAUUCACCGCUACCGGCUUUCAAUGAUCGGUCGAAAAUAUGGCGUCUUCCAGUCAAAACACUCCUGUUUCGACAGGCGAAAACUCGACAAACUUCGAUUCGUUUUAUACAGAAGUAAAAGAGAUCGAGAAGCGGGACUCAGUGUUGACGCCUUCCCAGCAGAUCGAGCGACUGAUGCGCCCCGGCUCCAGCUACUUCAACCUGAACCCCUUCGAGGUGCUGCAAGUGGACCCUGAAGCGUCGCUGGAAGAGAUCAGGAAGAAGUACAAACGGCUGUCCAUCCUGGUACAUCCGGACAAGAACCAGGACGAUGCUGAUAGAGCGCAGGAGGCCUUCGAGGUCGUCAACCGGUCGUGGAAAAUUCUCGAGAGCGACUUGUCAAGAGCAAAAUGCAUGGAAAUCGUCGAGGAGGCCAAGGGCCGGACAGAUUUGUCCAUCGAGGAGAAAAAGAAAAAAUUCAAGAAGGAUGGAAAGGAAUACGUCGAGUUGAGCCCGGAAGAAUACAAACGGCAGGUUUACGUGCUGACAAUGAAGUUGUUUGCAGACAUGGAACGCAAGAGGCGGGACCUUGAAAAGCGGGACAUGGAGGAGCGAAAAAGAAAGCGUGAGCAAGAAAUCGAUGCCGAGGAAAAAGCGAAGAAGGACAAAGAGUGGCAGCAAAAUUUCGAGGAGUCUCGGCAGAAUAGGGUGGAAAGCUGGAAAACCUUUCAAGCCGGUGGCAAAAAGAAAAAGUCGUCAGAGCCUAAAAAGGUCAAGCUGUUCAAACCUCCGAAGCACAAAGCUGAAACGAGAUAAAUUUAAUUAAAUUGGACAGACUCUGUGGAUUUGCUACUACUUUUCAACUGUGCCCAAAUUUUGUUUGUCGGUUGUUGCGUGAGAAGUGAAUCUCGUGUGCAGCAGCAAUUGCUUGGAUAAACGUGAAAAUGAGAAUUAUAUUGGGUCCAGGGUCCAAAAGUGUCCGACUGACAGUUUAUCGAGGGCUCAUGAUGUCGAUUGAUUUUGAGCUUUUUACAAACCGGGAGAUUUUAAUUUAAUUGAUCGGAGUUUUACACCAAACACUUUGUAAAAGUGAUCCAUAUUUAUUUCGAUUUUACAUGACUUAAAUUAAAACCGUAAAAUUAUUAUUACUCGAUUACGAGGUGUUUAAACUAAUAAGACAAUGACUUCUGAGUUGUAUGAAUGUGACGAUUUGCAAUGAAACUAUAGUUAUAAUAUAGCACGAACACAA